AUGUCGUUGCUACCGGCAAUAGCAGCGAGCGCGCGCGCCACCUCGUCCAAAGUGACGCUCGAGGCGUUUCGACCCCUCGCCUGUUCGCGCCGACGAUUCUCCUUCCGACCUCCUCUCCAGUCGCAAGCCCAACAGGACGUCUCCUCGCGGAUCCGCCACCUCAUGCGAGAAUCAGCCCAGCCCGUCGCCCUCAUCACCACGUUUCUUCCUUCGAGCAGACUCAUUCACGGCGCAACGCUGUCGAGCUUUUCCUCGAUCUCGCAACGGCCCGACCUGGUGUGCUUUGCGAUGAAGACGCCGUCCAAGCUCGCCGAUGCGUUGGCGAGCCAUGUUGCGGAGAGAGGGAAGGAUGAAGAGACGGGAGAGGCCGAUAUGGUGAUCAACGUGCUAUCGGAGAGCCAGGCGGCGUUGGCGGAUGCGUAUGCGAGACCGGGGACGCCGCCGUUCGAGUAUGCGCUGGAGGGAGAGGGUGAAGGGCGGUUGGAAGGAGAUUUGCAUCCUUUGGAGGAGGCAGGGCUGGUGAGCAUGGAUGGGGAAGGCUUGCCGGUCGUACAAGGGUCGAUCGGCGCGCUCGGCUGUCAGGUGGUGGACACCAUCGAGUUGGAUCGCUACAGCAACAAGCACGAACAGGACAAGCAAGGCAGCAAGAGCAAGCUCUACAUUGCAAGAGUCAUCAACGUCCACCUUCCCGAUACAACCAGUCAAACCCCACUAAUAUACCACCGUCAGAAAUUCGUUACCACCACCACGGACCUUUCCACAGACACGAACACGCAAUAG